AUGUUCGACACCAGCGUUGAAUUAAGAAGGUACGCCUGCUAUCUAGAGGAAAUACCCGCACCGCAGGGUUUGAACUCCGUGAGAGGCCCAACAAACGUUGACAAGUGGAAGCACAUCAAGAACAGCGUUAAAAAAGAGUUUCUAAUCAGGCAAGAUAAUGCUCGAAAGUUUACACUUCAGGUUUUAGUUGAUGACGUGAAUAUGGAAAGGAUAGUAGUUGAUUUUGGUUCAGCUGUUGCUACUUCCUCGGUACCAGGAAAUGUGGCACAAUUCUCUGCGAGGUUCCCAUCAAUAAUGUGCAAAUACUUACAAGUACUCGACAACCGUGUUGUCAUCCGCCGAUUUCAGAUGGGGUUUAUGGCUCUCCAGGAUUUCGAUCGAUGUUGCAAUUCCCUCCAACAAAUUGGGUUCAUGUUGAAGUCAGCGAGUAUUUUACGUGCAGAUGAGCAUUUUCAAAGCCGAACUGACAGCAUUCUGAGCUCGCAGAUGCCGGCUGAAAUCUCCUCUUUAACUCCCCCGAGCUCACAAUUUCAUGUGCAGAACAGUUUCUCAAGCUCGACAAAAAGACCGCUUGACCAGGACUCUCCACAGGCACCUAUUAGCCGUGAAAACAUCUCAAAUUACAGAAAGGAUAUUAAUCAAACUAACGGUAAUAUCCAAUCGACGGCUCCAUUGGAUACGCAGACCCUUAUAGGUAACAAAGUUUUAAGCCGAGAGUCAAGCUCACUGCAGGAGUUUGUCAAAAAGCCGACAGAAAGCAGAGUAGUAUCCACCGCAAAUCAUUUUUUGAAUCCGCAAUACCUCUCAAAAGAAGUUGGUGACAAGGCUUCGUCAAGCCCGCGAAAUAAGCCGACUAGAGAAGAAACGCACAUCCCUACGAAGGGGCCUAACCUGGUGGCCUCGAGUCGAGAAAAUACAUUUAAGCUAUACAAAAAACCUCUUGAUCAAUGCGUGCCCAUCAAUGUAUCUAAGAGUCCUCACAUGCUCGGUGAAUAUAUAGAUGUGGUCAGCGCCCAGUCUGAGCGGGUCGCUGUUCCGGAAGGUGCACCUAGGUCUAGUUCUCACCAGAAAAUUUUUGAGACUGAAAAUCAGUCAGAAUCUUCUGGUGCCUCUGUUGCCAAGCUGCCAUGUUCGCAGUCACUAAUCCACCCUUUGCAAGGUCUUCUUGGGAAGGAAGAUUUACGACAGCCGCUGUCACCAACUAAUGGGACUCUUGAAAGGGAAGCAAUUCCAACGAGACCAGCCUUGACGAAGGAUCUAUUGAAAGAAAGGAUUAAGGACCAGAAUUUUAUGCAAUGGGUAUGCCAAGCUUUCCGAAGUCAUUUUGAUUACCUAAUCUCAAGGACGUAG